AAAGAACUCUUUUGCGUUGCCACAAACAUUUUUGUGCAAAGUCGAAAGUGUCUGAUUGGUAAACUGACUUUCUGAAAAAAAAGAAGCUAUGGAUCCCCUUUUCUUGGCUUACAGUUAUUACAGAAGGAAGAAGUAUGAACAGUGUACAGAAAUUUGUACACAAUUGUUGGAGAAAAAUCCAUAUGAUCAGGCUUCAUGGACUUUAAAGACAAGAGCGUUAACAGGUCAAGUAUAUGUGGAUGAAGUGGACGUUGAUGAGGAGGGUAUUGCUGAGAUGGUGAUGGAUGACAAUACUAUCGCUCAGGUUUCCCGACCAGGAACUUCACUUAAACAGCCAGGGACUGGUCGAGGGGCCCCAAGCCAGGGAGUCAGGCCCAUGUCUCAAUCUGGUCGGCCCCUAUCUGGCUUUGUGAGGCCAAGCACACAGGGAGGGAGACCAGGCACCAUGGAAAAGGCCAUAAUGACCCCACGGACUGCCCACACAGCCCGGCCGGUCACCAGCGCCUCUGGACGUUACGUUAGACUAGGGACGGCUUCCAUGCUUUCCACUCCUGAUGGUCCUUUUAUCAACCUGGCCAGGCUAAAUUUUACAAAAUAUGCAGCCAGACCAAAUUUAGCCAAAGCUUUGUUUGAAUAUAUAUUUCAUCAUGAGAAUGAUGUGCGAAAUGCAUUAGAGCUUGCUGCUCUUGCCACAGAGGCAUGUCAGUUCAAAGACUGGUGGUGGAAGGUACAGCUGGCCAAGUGUUAUUACAGACUUGGAAUGUACCGAGAUGCAGAGAAGCAGUUGAAGUCGUCCCUGAAGCAGCAGGACCAUGUAGACACUUACCUGUACCUGUGUAAGGUGUACUGUCGGCUCGACCAGCCCCUUACUGCCAUAGAGGUCUUCAAACAGGGGCUGGAAAAGUUCCAGGGGGAGACCACUCUCAUGACAGGAAUAGCAAGGAUUUAUGAGGGUAUGAAUGAUAUGGAUAAUGCAGUCAAGUUUUAUAAGGAUGUUCUGUACUAUGACAGUAUGUAUGUGGAAGCUAUUGCCUGUAUUGCCACAAACCACUUCUACACAGACCAACCAGAAGUGGCACUCAAAUUUUAUAGGCGUUUACUACAGAUGGGAGUGUAUAAUGCUGAACUGUUCAAUAACCUUGGCCUAUGCUGCUUCUAUGCUCAGCAGUAUGACAUGACCUUGACCUGCUUUGAGAGAGCAUUGUCUUUAGCAGAAGAGGUCACCUUGUCUGAAGUUUGGUACAAUAUAGGACAUGUAGCAUUGGGUAUUGGCGACAUGACACUAGCUUAUCAAGCCUUCAGGUUAACCUUAGCCAAUAAUAACGAUCAUGCUGAGGCGUAUAAUAAUCUCGGCGUCCUUGAACUUAGGAAAGGCCAUGUAGAGAUGGCUAGAGCAUUUUUCCAAGCAGCACUGGGUUUGGCCCCACAUAUGUACGAGCCCCACUAUAACUGGGCCGCCCUAGCAGAUCAGCUUGGAGACCUUCAAAGCAGUUACAAUGCUGCGAAAAGGGCAGUUGAUGCAUUCCCAAAUCACGUGGAUUCAAAGGAACUUCUGAAACAGCUAAAGCACCACUUCUCCCUGCUCUAAAGAACAAUACAAAGCGAUAAUUAAUUUACGUGAUUUAAUUUAUUAAUAUAUUGACAUCCAAGUGGAAACAAUGUCUGUGAUACCUGCAAAUAAAUGAAUAUCUUAUAGCUGCAUAUUUAGAUAGCAAGAUGGCCCAGUCUACUUCUGUAUUUAAUUCUAAAAAAUUUUAUAUUUUUUUGCCAUUUUUACCAUUCAUAUGCCGUAAGUAUCGCAUAGCACCCUAACUCCGUCACUACCCUAACUCCGUCACUUUCGGGAAACUCCUCGCCGUUUGAAAUCAAGUGCGACUAUGACGUCAUUUUUUGCAUGUCAAAAAUCUUCAAUCAAAUGUCAACAAUUUACAACGGUUAAAUUUAAGAAUGUGUUCAAACAUAACAAAAUUACACCCUGUUCAUUUUAUGCAACAAUAAUUGCGUGAAAUCAGCUAACACCUUUUUACGGGUGCACUAAAAUAACGAUAUUUCUGAAAUGCGGGCCUAUUUGAUUAUUUACUGUGGUCAGUCAUUUUAAGAGAGGUCAAGAUGAAACAUUUCACAUGUAAUUUAUUUUUUAUUACGGUUAUUGAUACAUUUUUUUCAGUCCGCAAUAGCGUUUAUGCACUACACUGAUGAUAACGUCAAAUCGCUCAUGCCGUAAUUUUUGCCUUAUACAGGGUUACAGAUAUAUACGGUAAUUAUAGAAUUUGCUACAUUUAUUAAAAAUGUAAUGAAUAAAUAACAUAAUCAUUAAUAUAUUCAUUAUUGAUAUGAUAUAUUUGAAACAUAUAAGGACAGAAAUCAAAUGACAUCCAUACAUUCUGAAAAGGUCGUUGUGAUUGUUGUUACAAGGACCAAUUUUUUUUUAUUCUGGCGAUCAUUUCACUUUGAUGAAAUGAUAUACAAUUUAAAUUGUUAACACCGAUUUUACUUAUUAUAACUUGGUCUAGAUACAAGUCGAGUUUAAACUAAAUUGUUGAUGUGUCUUCAUUCCCUGGCGUAUCAUAGAUCAUGUGGGUGACGGAGUUAGGUUCAUAAGUUAUGAUAGCACGUGUGAUAAACGUCGUUUUCAGAGGGCCUAUUUGAAUAAUAUUAGGAAUAUUUUUGUUAAUAAUUUUAUAAAUUAUAACGUUUCAUGUUAUAUUUAGUGAUUGCAAAUGAUAAAAACCGCAAAAAAUAAUUUGCAGAGAAACGCGGACUGUUUUCCGCUUAUGGUGACGGAGUUUGGGUACUCGGGGAUAUAUAUUAAAUAUGUAUUAAUUUGUGUUUAUCAGUAUUUGUUCCGU